CAAUCGAUUGCUCUUUGUUUGAUUAUUCUGUCUGGACUCGAUCGAUGCUUUCCGGUUUGAAGAGUAGAGUCUCUUUAGCAGUGCAUGGCUGAGUUGUGGUGCUUCACAACGAUUUAAAGUCAGCAUGGGUCGGCGCUCGUCUGAUAGUGAGGAUGACAGUCGGAGCAGGAGGAAGAGAAAACAGCGUCGCCGGACAUCCUCCUCCUCCUCCUCUUCUUCUUCCUCUUCAUCCUCCAACAGCAAGGUGGCCAGCAGCCGGAGUCGAAGGUCCAGUCGCCGGAGCCGUUCUCGCUCCAGAGAUAAGGACAAAGACAGAAGGAGAAGAAGACGUUCCAGCAGCAGCUCAUCCCACAGUUCGUCUCGCAGGAGGAGGAGUCGCAGCGUAGAGAGAGACAAAGGGAGGAGCCACCGCUCACACAGGUCACGCAGCCGAGACAGGAGGUCUCAUUCUCGCCACCGGCGGUCUCGCAGUAAGAGCGGCAGCCGCAGCCGACGAGGGACCCAAAGCCACAAAAGGAGCAGCAGCCGCAGUCGCCGGAGGAGCCGCAGCCACAGCAGAGAGCGGAACCGAAGCCGCCGCAAGGGCCGCGACCGGGAGAGGGAGAAGGAGAGGGACAGAGGAAGAGACAGAGACAAAGUCAGAGAGAAGGACAAGAGUAAAGACAAGGCAGCCAAAAAAGGGGACGCUGCAAACAUCAAAGGCAGAUUAGAACAUCUGACUCCAGCAGAGCAGGCUAAAGUCCGAAUGCACAUGGUCCUGCAGGCUGCAGCUAAGACAGACGAGGUGCUGAAGGCCAAAGUAGCCAAGAGAGAGGAGGAGGCGCGGAAGAAACUACAGGAUGAGGGAACUUCUCUAGAGGAGCAAGUGCGAAGGAUAAAGGACAUUGAGGCCAUCGAGAGUGAUUCCUUUGUUCCUCAGGCUUUCAAAUCAUCCAGGGAUGAUAUAAAGACUGAGCCAGUUGAGGUGAAGCAGGAGUCGGAGAGUGCAGAUUCUCAGGACGUCACUCUUCCCUUGUCCAUAGUCUACAAUGACAGUGACACUCUCGCCCAUCCCAGUUUGUUCAUGGACAAGGAGAGGGCCGAGGAGCUGUGGCACAACAGAUUAUUCUCGCUGCGGCAGGAAAGGCUCAUGGGAAGUCCUGUGACCUGAUGGACACCAGAAGAUCCUUCCUGGUCCCGGGGCACAUUCAGCUUCUUUUAUUGUGUCUCAAUCUGUCUUGUUUUAGGCCAUCACAAGGUUUCUUACUUUAUCCUUCCACUGAUUUCUCCUUACUAUUGUAAAAACAUGUGAGAACUUGAGCAAAUGAACAGUUUUUGGUCCUGAUGUGCUUAUUAUUUUAUUAAUGUUAAUGUAAUUCAAUUAAACAAUCUGCUGUUCUUAAUUUGGCUUCAUUUAAUUUUAAUGAUUGAAGGAUCUUACACUCCGAUAAGGUGAUGUUUUACCAUUUUGAUGUAGCAUUUGAUACAUUUUGUCUUUUGUAAUCAGCUCGGUAAUUAAAGAUAGAUGUGAUUUUUUUUGAGUGAAAACUGACUUGUACUUUUGUGGGUGCAUGAGGGAGUUCUCUUUCGACUGGAUGGUGAGCUGGGUGGCCUCCGUGUCUGCAUUGGUUUCCAGCGGGAUAUCGGGAGCUGUGGUGUCCUUUCGGCGAGACUUGGCUGGAUUCUGGAGUGUCGGUGCUAUGCAACCGGGUGACUCUUUUUCUGUGUGCCGAUCUAACGGCCACAUUCUGCCUUAUGAUGAGUCGUGCACAAGUUUAAGGAGCUGAUGGGAUUUCACUGGAAUUGUACCUUGUACGAUAUCAUGUGCCAAAAAUGUAUUGAGAUAAACCUGCAAGUAGUGAAUUGGUAAUAACAGCAUCUCUCUCUUCACCAAAAACUUGAUACUUAGCAUUUUAAAUUAAGAUAGCAGCAGUACCUACAUAUAAAUACAAUAGAUACAGAUGAAUGAGUCACCCUUCCAACUUAUUAAAAGUAGCCUGCCUCACCA